GCAUGAGUACUGCUUUAUACUGUUUAGACAAGCUUUACAGUGCGCGCGUUGGAAACUAACACUCGACCCUCUCUGCUUUCACGUCAGUCACUAAUUAGGCCCGCGGGCACUGAGAGGCGAGGCGGAAGGCUGUCGGACAAACUGUAAACUUAGUCCAAAGCGACUAAAGUCCCCAAACUCACAGGCUGAAGAGGCUUCAAACGCAAACGCUUCAUCCUUUCUGGCUGUUUCAAGGAAGGAUACGCUGCUGGACAUGUAAAUUUAAAGGAGAUACUUGCCAAGCACAACAAUGAAACCAACGACUGUCCUGUGCUGCUUCGGCUUUCUCCUGACUUGCCUCUUGGUCGGGUCGAGCUCUUCACAAUCAGUAUGUGCUGGUACAGAGAACAAGCUGAGCACCCUGUCGGACCUGGAACAGCAGUACCGGACCCUGAGGAAAUACUACGAGAACUGUGAAGUCGUAAUGGGCAAUCUCGAGAUCACAAGCAUCGACCGCAGUCGGGACCUGACCUUCCUCAGAUCCAUCCGAGAAGUGACAGGCUAUGUGUUGGUGGCCCUGAACCAGUUUGACUACCUGCCUUUGGAGAACUUGAGGAUCAUCCGAGGGACCAAGCUGUACGAGGAUCGCUACUCCCUCGCGAUCUUCCUCAACUACAGACGUGAUGGGAACUUCGGCCUGCGCCAACUGGGCCUGAAAAACCUCACAGAGAUCCUGAGUGGAGGCGUGUAUGUUGACCAGAACAAGUUCCUGUGCCAUGCAGACACAAUCCAUUGGCAGGACAUUGUCAAAAACCCUCGGCUCCAUGAUGUGGUGGUGCCCACAAACAGCAGUGUCACAUGUCAGAAGUGCCAUCGUUCCUGUAAUGGUCGUUGCUGGGGACCCAAAGAGGACCAGUGUCAGAGCUUAACUAAGACAGUGUGUGCCGAGCAGUGUGACGGACGUUGCUUUGGUCCCUAUGUUAGUGACUGCUGCCAUCGUGAGUGUGCAGGUGGCUGCUAUGGGCCAAAGGACACAGACUGCUUUGCCUGCACCAACUUCAAUGACAGUGGGGCAUGUGUGACCCAGUGCCCCCAGCCCUUCGUCUACAACCCCACCACCUUCCAACUGGAACACAACCCCAGGGCGAAGUACACCUAUGGAGCCUUCUGCGUCAAGAAGUGCCCACAUAACUUUGUGGUGGACCAUAGCUCCUGUGUGAGAGCGUGCCCCAGCAACAAGAUGGAGGUGGAGGAGAACCGCAUUAAGAUGUGCAUUCCUUGUACUGACAUCUGCCCAAAAGCGUGUGACGGCAUCGGUACAGCCAGCCUACAGUCGGCUCAGACAGUGGACUCCAGCAACAUCGACAAGUUUGUCAACUGCACCAAAAUCAACGGCAACCUGGUGUUCCUCAUCACUGGGAUCAAAGGGGAUGUCUAUCACAACAUUGAAGCUUUGGACCCAGAAAAACUCAAUGUAUUCCGCACCGUACGGGAAAUCACAGGCUUUCUGAACAUCCAGUCCUGGCCUGACAACAUGACAGAUCUGAGUGUGUUCUCCAACCUGGUAACUAUUGGGGGAAGAGCGCUGUACAGCGGGAUCUCCCUGCUGGUGUUGAAGCAGCAGGGCAUCUCAUCACUGCAACUCCAGUCCCUGAAAGAGAUCAGCGCUGGGAAUGUCCACAUCGCAGAGAACAGCCAGCUUUGCUACUACAACACCGUCAACUGGACAAGAUUGUUCCGUGCUGCAAACCAGAAGGUUCUGGUCCGCAACAACCAAAGCCCACAGAAGUGCACCAAGGAUCGCAUGGUGUGUGACUCGCUGUGUUCGGAUGCAGGGUGUUGGGGUCCUGGCCCAGACCAGUGCCUGUCCUGCAGAUACUUCAGCCGUGGACGUACCUGCGUGGAUAUUUGCAACCUUUAUGAAGGGGAUAUCCGAGAAUAUGCAAACGGGUCAGUGUGUGUGGAGUGUGAUGCCCAGUGUGAGCGAGCUGACGAUGACUCUUUGACCUGCAACGGUGCGGGCCCAGAGCAUUGUGUGAAAUGCCUCCAUUUUAAAGACGGUCCUAAUUGUGUGGAGAAGUGUCCCGAUGGCCUGCAAGGUGCCAACAGCUUCAUCUUCAAGUACGCAGAAGCCAACAACGAAUGCCAUCCCUGCCAUGCCAACUGCACCCAGGGGUGCAUUGGACCAAGACUGCAAGACUGUAUUGGUUGGAUGGACAGAACCCCUCUGAUCGCAGCAGGAGUGAUUGGUGGCCUCUUCAUGGUGGUGAUCAUGGUGCUGAGCGUAGCGGUGUCUGUGCGCCGGAAGAACAUUAAGAAGAAGAGAGCCCUCCGUCGCUUCCUGGAGACAGAGCUGGUGGAACCUUUAACACCCAGUGGAACAGCACCCAACCAAGCCCAGCUCCGCAUCCUGAAAGAGACAGAACUCAAAAGGGUCAAGAUCCUCGGCUCCGGGGCCUUCGGAACUGUUUACAAGGGUAUCUGGGUUCCAGAGGGUGAAACAGUGAAGAUUCCUGUAGCCAUUAAAAUCCUAAAUGAGGCCACAGGACCCAAAGCUAACGUGGAGUUUAUGGACGAGGCCCUCAUCAUGGCUAGCAUGGAGCACCCCCACCUGGUCCGCCUGCUGGGCGUCUGCCUGAGUCCCACCAUCCAGCUGGUCACACAACUGAUGCCUCAUGGGUGCCUGCUCGACUAUGUCCAUGAGCACAAGGACAACAUCGGAUCCCAGCUGUUGCUCAAUUGGUGUGUCCAAAUUGCUAAGGGGAUGAUGUAUCUGGAGGAGCGUAGGCUGGUGCACAGGGAUCUGGCAGCCAGAAAUGUCCUGGUCAAGUCUCCCAACCACAUCAAGAUCACUGACUUUGGUCUCGCUCGUCUGCUGGAUGUUAAUGAGAAGGAAUAUAAUGCUGAUGGAGGAAAGAUGCCCAUCAAGUGGAUGGCCCUGGAGUGUAUCCAUUACAGGAAGUUUACUCAUCAGAGUGACGUUUGGAGCUAUGGGGUAACCAUCUGGGAGGUGAUGACCUUUGGAGGGAAGCCGUACGAUGGCAUUUCCACCAGAGAUAUCCCAGACCUGCUUGAGAAAGGAGAGCGUCUUCCUCAGCCGCCCAUCUGCACCAUUGACGUCUACAUGGUCAUGGUCAAAUGCUGGAUGAUAGAUGCAGACAGUCGGCCCAAGUUCAAAGAGCUCGCAGCAGAGUUCACUCGGAUGGCGCGUGAUCCCCAGAGAUACCUUGUCAUCCAGGGUGACGACCGCAUGAAGCUGCCCAGCCCCAACGACAGCAAGUUCUUCCAGAGCCUCCUGGAUGAGGAGGAGCUGGAGGACCUGAUGGAUGCUGAAGAGUACCUGGUGCCCCACUCCUUCAACAUUCCACCACUGGCAUAUACUCCUCGCACGCACAUGGACUCCAACAAGAACCAGUAUGGCUACCAGGACCCCAGUUUUAGCAUGGAGGACAUGCUGGCCACUCUUCCCAGAGUGGUGUCUGUUCCACCUGUGUCUGGAGGCUGCCUCCCACCACAGGACCUGUCCUCAGGGAGCCAGAUUGCUGGUGGAUUUGGCCGUGGCAACCAGGAUGACCCUCGGUGCAAUGGAACCCUGAGGAAGCAGGCCUCCCCAAGGUCAAGUACCCUCGGGCCUGGCUUGGCUCUCGCUGCAGGACAAGGUGGAGGGGAGGACAAUAGUGGACAGCGUUACAGUGCUGACCCCACUGGUCUCUUAGCGGAACGAGGCGCAAAAGGAGACAAGGACCAGGAUGGCUACAUGACUGCCAUGAGAGACAAGAACAGCUCAGACUAUCUCAAUCCAGUAGAGGAAAACCCAUUCGCCGCACGUCGUAGGAAUGGUGACGCCCACGCAGUGAUUGAUGGAGCAAGUUGCCACACCCUGCACAUGGCUGGAGCUGCUGCUGCGCCCAAGGGCCAGUCCACCCACGGGGACGAUGAGUAUAUCAACGAGCCACUGUACCUGAAUACCUUCCUCAACCCUGGGGAUAAGAACGGAUUGGCCGGCGCAGUCUCCAUCUCUGGCAUCUCUGGCCCGGGGUCUUCUGCUGCCCAAUCAGUAUCGCAGACAGUCAACCCAUCAACAUCGAGCCACACGGUCUCAUCCUCUGGAUAUGUGGUACCCCCUGGCCACCUCCCCCACCCAUCUUAUCCAUCACACACCCUGCAUCCAGGGCAUUCAGGACACGCUCUGCACUCAGGCAUCACCAGCAGCACCAUCAUGUUUGAUAAGAAAGGCAAGAAGGCCACUUUUGACAAUCCUGAAUACUGGCAGCACAGUCUACCCCCGAAGUCCUCACUGCACAACCCUGAGUACCUGCAGGACUGCAGCACACGCUUCUUCUACCGGCAGAAUGGACGCAUUCGCCCUGCUGUCGCUGAAAACCAGGAGUACUUGUCCGAGGCUGCUAUGAAAGCUGGCAAUGUGUUGCCACCCCCUCCAUACAGACAGAGGAACACUGUAGUGUAGUGACCCACCUGUAGCACAAUGGAGGGAUGAAUAGAGGGAUAGGGGUGGAGAUAGAUGGACGUUGAACUGUCCUCUUGUUUCCAUGCAGUACUUCUCAACCUGGGUUCUCCUUGCACCCUUCCUGAACACGUCUCUCUGUUAUGUCUGAUUGCAAGUCUUUUAGUCUAAGGUUCUGUCUUUUCUCGACAGGACUACAAUAACAGUCACUGACAGCCUCACUUGACAUUCAAACCAUCUUUUUUGCUCCACCCUUGGCCAUGAAAGGAAGUAGACACAUCUCUUCAAGGUUGGUUCUAUUCUGGAGCACACUGUCCUGCCAUCUUAAGUAUCACAGAGGCACAAAAACAACACAUUGAAAGAAACGAGAUGUUAAAUCAGAGAAAAAGGAGAAAUAAACUGAGGUUAGUCCAAAGAGAGGAUUAUCGCCAUGACCUUACAUGUUUUUCUUUACACACGCAUUAAUUACCAUGUCUUUUUAGCACAUUUUCCACUCAGAUAGAUGCACACAUCGCAGUAUGCACACAGUGCUAUUGCUGUUGUGCGAUCUAUCAAAUGACACAUGCACAUGGAGUUGUGUCGUGACUCACCAGCAAACCUGCAGUCAUGCCGAAGAGCCCAGAUGUGGCUUGCAUGCCUGUCCACACGCUUCUUUGACUUUUACAUGUUGGUGCACCAGUAAUGGAAUUCAAACAUUUAUCACACGCAGCUCAUAUCAUACCUAAAACAUGUUAACAUGCCUGCAGCCGUGACACACCAAUAAUAUCUAUACAUUAAUUCACAAGUAAAUUCAUGCACACUGACAGAUAAGCUUGCCACCACUUGAAAUAUAUUCUGGAGGAGAAGCUCAAUUGACCUUGUGCUGGAAGACAGAGUGUUCCGAUAAUGGCAGUCAGUGUUGCAGCGCAGACAAAGGGUCACCGGGAAAGUAAAUGUCACCGCAGUUUUAUGGAAAGCUGUGAUAUCACCCAGCACCUGGUGGAAAGCAUUCGACAGAUUAUCGGCAUGGCUAGGGUGGGAUUUAAAAGGUUGAUCGCUCAGAAGACGACCCUUAACUCCCCACGUCCCUCUUGUUCCACCUUCAUCCACAACAAUCCGGUCCGGAGAGCCAGGAAAUCAUUCAUUCCAAUAUUACCUUCAUAGGAUCAUGGUAAGCAGCGACGUGACUGACAUAACAAUGGUAACUGCAGUUCAAGGAGUAAUGUUUCAAUGGAACUGGUGCUUGAGAAUGGACAGAUGUUUUAGCAGGUAAAGACACGUGAUGAUGGCGCAUAUAAAUUGAACAUGAGGGGAAAAUAUACGAUUUGAAUCUGGAUCAGAGCAUAAUUUUUGUUUUUUGUUGAGGUUUUUUUUUUUUUGUCUUUUUAAGCAUCAGGGAUUUAUUUACUUUGUCACUUUGUCUUACACCUACGUAAACAGCACAGACACCGAGCCACGAAAGAGCACUGUGGUUUUGGCAAAGAGGCUAACCCUGCAGAGCUGUAAAUAAGCCAAUUACGUGUCAUUACCAGACAGAUACAAUCCCGGAAAAGGGCUCUGUGGACCGAGCUGUGUCUGGAAGUGCAUCAAAAGAUGGGGAUAAAAGUUUUAUUUGUUGUUGUUUUUUUCUUUUGCAGCUCUCUGUGUUCAUACUAUUGUAUGUCAUUAAAACAGAAAAUUUAGUUUGACCAGGUAGUCAUGACUACAGGGCCUCGCUGUCUCUUAAGGUGGAACAGUAGGAGAGACUGUCAGAACUGUCUAAGGAGGCCUCCUCCACAUUUUUACCAUGGAACACUAUGAGAAAACAGGACACUUUCUUUUCUAUCGGUAUUUGACAUUAUUGGUGAGACAUUAUAGGUUAUCACUGAAUCCACUGAUGGCUAGCUUUCUGUACUCAUACAAUACUGCCAGAUGCCACAGUAAACUCUGAUGGAGACCACGAGCAUCUGUCGUCAAAUGACUUUGAAGCCUAAUUUAGGCUGGGGUUGAUAAUUUAAUAGCACUUAAUGCUCUGACACAGCCAAAUGACUUUGCUGUUAUACUCGCUCUAAGCGGCAAUUAUUCUUUUUUUAUCAUAUUGCAACUAUAAUUUACAGUGAGAUACUGAGGACUCAUGUUAUCUGUUUCAUCAUGCAUUUUACUAACAAGGAAGCAUCCCCACUCUAAUAUGAUAGUAAUAGGUGGGGUUGGGCAAUAUACAACGGUGUACAACGUCAGGGGAUAAAAAUUUGUUUCCAUAAUCAUUUAUAUCAUUACCUCUUACUUUACAAUUUAAUAACAUGACUUUUGCAUCAACGUGAUGAAACACUUUGAUACUUGACAGGUAUUUAAUUGACUGGAUUAAAGGGGUACUCCAGCUAAUUAGCAUUGCACCUACAUGCAGUUGGACUCACAAGAGACAAAUAAGAAAAAGGAAUGGUCACAACUGAACGUGCAAAGGCCAAGAUAUCCUGACUCUGACAGGCAAAUUCACAAAAGGACUGCGUGGCUUUUGCGGCUGUUAAAUCUGCACAAAUAAGACAAAAAACAGUGUAGUUCUCAGAGCACCCACAAAGGGUGAAAUGCACCCCUAACUGCACUGCCAAGCAAAUUGCAUCUUGCUGCUCCUGUGCUAUUUCCAUGUGAAUAAAUUAGUCAGUAUGCAUAUGUUUGGCACAAAUUGGCAUCUUUCUAUGCAAAUGAGCCUCACUGCAAAAACAGUCCAGUUUACAAAGAUCAAUGCUAAUAGCCACACAUCGUUACAGUGAAAUAAUUAGCAUGUUGAGAGAUGCUGGGAUAACUGACGCGCGCCGACAGAUUGGGGCAUUAAAUCCCAAAUAAGGUUUCUCUCUGUCACGUUUAAAUUUCAUGUCUGAAGUUUUGAGGAAUGCAUCUGCAUUUCAUCAGUCAGGACCUAUAGCUGGUGAUUUUCUUUUACUCUUUGCUCUACCUGCUGUCCUCUUGGCGCAAAGGCAACAUUUAUACUUUGACACAUGGAUGAUUGCAAUCAAUUGCAAAAGGGCAAAUUUCACCCAGCUGCAAAUUUUUAUAGGCAUGUUUGCACUGUAAUAUCAUUAGCACAAUAUCUUCUGUGAAUUAGUUUGGGGUCUUCAGGGUUUUUUAGACCAAUGACCCCUUAGCGAAAAUAGUAGGGACCCCCUUUAACAUAUAAAUUGAGUCGCAUUUGAGAUAAUUCUCUGAAUAUUUUCGGGUCCUCUUGUUUGCGUUAUCCUGUAGCUGCUAAUUCAGCAGCAGCUGUAGCAUGGCUAGGUGCAUUAGUCUCACCCUCUGCGCUUUUGCCGGUGGUUUCUGAAGUAAAGUUACAAUACGAUCCAAUGUGGCUCACAAGACUGUCCGUACACUUGGACUCAGGGUUUAGUAUUGACUAAACUCAAGGUCCUACAAUUCCCAUAAUGCAGCUAAAUCAAACACAGUGCAUCACAGUUCAUAUGACUCUUUCUACCUCCUAAACCCCAUACCACUCGUUUGUAACGCAGGCUUUCUGUUAAAAAGUUUCAAGCCCAAGCAGACCCUGAUGGCAUCAUGGGUGACAUCACCGGGGUUAUUUUCUUAGACUUUGGACAGCUUCAGAGCUACGGUAAACAUCAAACAGCUGUUUAUAUUCACAGGCUGAGUAGUAAAAGUCACGAUGGGUCAACUGAACUUCAUGUAUAAAAUUAGUGGAGUGCCCCUUUAACCAAAAACACAUUUACAUCUACAAACAGUUUCUCGAUUGAAUUUGCAGUAAAUGUGCAGUAUCAUGAUAUAUAGUGAUACUUGUAAUAGUAAUGGUAAUCUAUACAUAACCUGAUUUGAUAUUUUAUCUAUAUUGCUCACCCUGAGCGAUAAUAUCAUGAAUUCGGAGACCGACUAAUGCCUGUGCAUGUCUCACCACUGACAUACCAAUACACAACCACUGUUACACAACCUUGUGCCUCUACAUUGAAAAUACCAGGCAGAGGGAAGGUUCAGACAAGCAGUGUUGAUGAUUUACUCUCCAAAACACAGAUGCCGCCCUGGCACAGUGUUUUCUCCCCCUCUCAGGUUUUAUGGGGAACAAUAAUCAUCCAGUUGAGCUCCAGCUGAGGCACAAGGUGCCACAUCGUAAAGGGACGUCAAACCUGUUGAAAUAAAAGUAUAAUGGAAGACAGAUUAGUGCCAUGAAAACACAGUAGACGCACUGCUGAAAAUGUGCAACUCAACAGAAAUGUGAAUUUUACAGGAUUUUUAAGUCGGCACUGUGUUUGCUAUCAUUGACAUUGCUCUGUUGCUAAUCUAAUUUAGCUGUGUUAGAUCUCUUGUCACAUUUUCUGAAAUCUUCAUUGUCCUGCUGAUUUCUGCAGAGUCUAAGCUUACAGUUAUGUACACUUUCUUUGUGUAAAAGUGUGGAAGUGUCCUCUCUAUGUUUUUAGAGUUCAAAGUCAGUUAUGUAAGUCUAUUUUUACCGUCACCCAUAAGGUAUUAGUUGUAGUGCUUGUGGACUACUGUAUGGCCGUGUGUUUAAGUGCAAUGACAGCAGUGGAGAGUCGCCCAAAGGCUUCGUAAUGGAUCUCUAUGGAAAAAUAAAGCCAAUCUUCUGGAGGAGAAAACCUGCUGGCACUCUCAGCCAGCGAGCAUCGCAAGGGGCUUUUAGCUUUUUGAAUGCUAAUUCAUCCACUUUCCCUUGUUGUUCUGUGGGGAAAUCAUGUUACCCAACAUCUCGCCCAGUGCACCAGCUGAGAAACCCUGAACGACAGGCAAUAGGUUGUAAUCCUGCAGCGGGGUUAAAACCAAGGUAUUAGCAUUCCAGAAAUGUUACCCGACCAAUGCAUCAAUGUUACAAAAGCUAGCAGGGGAGAAGGUGCAAGUGCACUGUAACUGGCAGAGGAGACCAGAGUAGAUUGCCAUUCUUUCUUUCUCCUCAGAGGUGACUGUAGAAUUGUAUGUAGCAAACACUGUUCUGCAGCCGGAGCAGCAAAAACCGAAAAGCAGCUAUGUGCGGAGUGAAUACAAACAAAGACUAAAACAAUCUGGAAGGGAACAGUGAUUGUGGUCAAAUGUUAACAUGAGUCAUAGUUUCAUGUGAAAAGUUAUUAUGUUCUGUGUCAAGGUGAGCCUCAUAGGUACAGUAGUUAUUUAAAGGAGCACAAUAACUCCCUCUCAAUACUGACUGCUCUACCAGUAAACCGGCCUUAUAGUAACAAUUAUAUUUAUUUUGUGCAUCUACUUGGGGUUUAAUGUGUUUUAAACACAUUAUCAUGAGUAUUGUAAAUUGUGUUUUUUACUCUUGAUUUUGUUCUUCAGGGUGUCAUUGUGGCAUUUUUUUUUAAAUAUAUGCAGUCUGGAGGUUUCAUCAUCUUAUGUCCAUCAUGUUCUCAACUCAACAUUGAAGCAAAUACUAGCUAUGUCCCAACUCAGGGGCUGUAUGUUUGCCCUUCAGAGGAAGUGAAGUCCAGGCUGAACCUGCAUAUUGUUGCCAAAAAGGAGUAGAUUAACAAAGACCAAAACUAAUGUUGUGUUCAGGUGCUCCUCAUCAACUUAUGUAGCUUUCCCAAGUUUCUCACCAAGCCGUUGCCCUUAGAGGUCAGAGGUACAGUGGCCAACAAGGGCAAACGCACUAUAAUGGGCCAAAACAUAAACAUACUGCAGCUGAAGAAACAAUGCCAAUUCAUAAACACAUACAAAAAUUCAAAACAAUACAACAACAGAAAUGUGAACGCAAAUUAAACAAACGUGAAGCAGGAAAGACAGUAACAGCAAACAUGCUGCAAAUACAGAAAGAAUGCAAAGUCAGAAGCACACAAAGCCCGAACACAGAUGCAACAGAAAAACACUUUCAGGCCUCUAGGUGGAGCUCUAAGUGGGACAGCUUGAUUUUGGACAACAAUGUGUUUGUUUUUCAAAGCAGGAAGAUAAGUAGAGUAAGGAGAAGACAUAACAAGAUUCAUAUUCGUUUUUACAUUUACGAAAGAGCUCUCCCUAGUGGCCUUGGAAAUUUCAGUUGCGUUGACUGGAUAUGCCAACACAUUCUCACUCUGACCUCGUCACAUAUAGACGUUUGAUCAUGGACCUUGCACGUCCAGAUACUAUAUGAAAGGUACCCUGGGUUCGCUGGUUGUUGAUUUUCUAGGACGCCGUGUCAAGUUCUGCCUUUUAAAUGCAGUAUCUUCUUAUAAAAUACACUUCCAUUUUCACUGGAAAUUUACAGUUUACAUACAGUCUUUUUCAAAAUAAACGCAAAUUGACUUUUUUUUUCCUCCAACAGCUAAUGCACAUGAUUGGGUUUUGGCAACAAAAGCACUUGGUUAGAUUUAGGGAAAAAACAAACAGGGUUUAGAUUUUGAAUCUUAUAGGACACGAACACCGCUCUCCCGGGUGAAAGUGAAGGUAUGUUGGAUCCAAACCACUCGCACCCACCCUACUCAGAGUUUCGCCGCCCUAACUUUUGUCCGUGCCCUGCUGUGUUUCUCUGACACUACCAAGCAGCAUUAAACUAUAACGGCAACCAGCUGCGUAUCAUGCCGACGUUAAAGGAUGGCUUUUUUUGUCAGUGUCUGACGCCCAAGCACCAGAUUUUGACAACCUUAGAGUGAGCAGGUUGGAUAUGCAGCAGUUUUUGUGUUUUUUACUCUGCAUGGUUUCUGUAUUUCUGUAAGUGUGUUUGCUACUGAUGUAUUUAUUUUGGCUUUUUGCAGCACAUUUCCAGUGUCAUAUUGUUUUGGGGGUUUUCUUUCCAUGUGUUUUUGAAUUUGCAUUGUUUCUGAAGCAUUCUCGGAACCCAUCGGCUGUAUUUGGCGUCUGACUUCCAGCAGAUGGCGAUACAGCCUCUGGGGGCAGACCCCCGAUUUUUUGGCAUUCCAGUUUGAUUUGGGCGGAGGCGGCGAAUUUCCGUUUCCGACUUCCGUUUAUAUAUAAGUAAAUAUGCUGAACCAUUGCGAUGGAUUCAGAAUUUACAGUGACGCCAGUUAUGUUCCGACUCGUUAGUUUACCACAUGGACCGUUUAACCUGGCAACAACUGCAGCCGGAUCAAACGUGAUUGGUCAAUAUCACGCGGACUACAAACAGCCUACAACCAGAAACCAGGGCUCUUCCACUUUUCUUCCAGAGGCAAGAUCUCCAGGGUUUGCCUACAGACUUUACAUUCACUGAAUGUAGAGUCUGUAUAUAGAGACUAUUUCUGAAGCUACAGCACAUUUCACAUAAUGAAAAUGUUUUGGGCCACUUAAGUGUGUUUGCCCUUGUCAGCCACCAUACCUUUGACAUCUAAAUACCAACGGUUAUCUGGGACAGGUUUCAAGAUACCAGACUUAACAGUAUGAUUUUGGUAUUUCACCUCAACACAAGAGUGGCAAGUUAGGCCAGGUUAAGGCCAAAUAUUCUUGUAUCUUCCACUUCUAACCUUGUGUGAUUAACAUCCAGGCUGUAAACAAGGACAAACAGAGGAGUUCAUACAUAGCUUCCAUUAUUAUAGAUAGCUUCCUUGCAAUGGCUUUUUUCAUUGGUUUAGUUGAUGUGAUAUGAUUAAUAUCUGGUAAAUAUGUAUUUUACAAGCUUUACAAGUUGGCGAGGAUUGCCUGAUCACUCACUUACUCACAGUUAAAAACUGGCUGGUGCACAAUUGUUUGUGGAAUAGUGAGGGCUGCAAAUGAUAACCCAUUCGUGUCCUCCAAAACACAGACAGGCUUCAUUUUUUAGUCACAUUUUGUGGGACCUUUGAAAUGGGACAGCCCUUGUUGGACCUUGUUCGGCCCAGAAAUGUGGACUAAGGAGGGUCCAGCCCCCCAACUGGGACACAGCAACUGUAUUUAUAGAGUUUGCUCUAUUUCACUUUUGUAUGCUUUGAUUAUUCAUAUCAUGAGGACAUUUUCUCACAGCAUUAGUAAUAUCAAUCCACCUGUGGUCUAAGUGGUCUUACUGUAUUGGACAAACACACAUUACAUUUCAGAGAACUUAACUUUUAAUUACUAAUGCAUCAUCUGAAAAAUUAAUAAACAUUUUUUAAAGGGAAACCAUAAAGCAGCUGACAAACACAUGUUCUACCAUUGUAAUAGAAUCAAUCUGUGUAUGGCUGUCAUACAAUGAUUUUACACUGAUUCAUAUUCGUAUAUUCUACCAUGCCAUGAAAAGUGAGGUAGAUGACAGUGGUUGAGUAAGCACAGUUUACAAUGUAUUGAACUGAGGGUAAAAAAAAUGGAAUUAAUAAUUGUCUUUUAACCAAAUGACAAAGACAUUCAGAUAAUGGGUCACUCGACAGUUUUACCAUUGUUAAAAAAUAAUUAAAAAAAGAAUAAAAAGAGGAUAGUAUUUUUAUAGGUAGGUAAAAGGUGGCCAGGUGCAUCUGUAAAUAGGACAAUGAUGCUUCUUUUUCCAGCUGAAGACAUUUUUGGUUUGUUUGAUUUUAUUUCUCCUUGCAUCAUUGCAUUUCUAGUGGUAUGCUGUACCUUUUUUUCUUUGGGGAAUAUCUUUUCUGUAUGUAUAUAAAUAUAUAUACAGUAUAUAUAUAUAUUCUGUAAAUGUAAUUUGAAGAGUGAACUCUGAUUUUAAAAACGCUUGCAGGGUCUCUUGUCACCCCCGCCCCAUCAUUUCCCCUGUGAUUGUGUGAUUGUGUUCUCAGCACAACUUGGUGGACUUUGUGUUUCGACCUCUGCUCUUGCUCACUUUGUAGGAGUGAUUUUUUUCUUUCCUUUGUUUUUUUACUGGGUGUAUUAUACCUCCACUACCCUCCAUCCUUCUCUCAGUAUUAUCCACCUCUUGAGAUUUUUUUUAAGAUUUUGUACACUCUUAAAAUGCUGUUGCAAUACUAAUGAAUAUUCAAUAUUUCAUCCCCUUUUCUCGCCGUCUUUUCCUAACCAAUGUUAUUAAUCCGCCAGUGUCACUUUACACCCUGUGUUUUAAGGACCUAUACUAUAUUUCCUUGAAUAGUUUGAUUUCCAUUUGCACUGAGCUCAGUCAUUGUUUACUUUAAAUGAUAAUUAGCUCUUCAUCCAUUUGGGGCAAUACUGAUUGAAUGGUGUAGCAAUAUCAUGUUACAGCCCCCAGAGUGAUUUAAUGGUGUUUGAGAGACAUGAUGGAGGACAGUUUGCAUGGGCUGGACUGAUCGUUUAAAUUACUGAUAUUUGCUUGUGAGGUUAACAUUUUUGGCUUCAUUAGGACUUGAAAUGUUCAUUCUUUUCCAGAAGUCACAGUUUAACAGGAAGUUAAUAUUUCCAUUUCACAGGAUCUAAACAGGACUUUCAGAGAGUUUGGCCCAUUUGUCACCGUAACUAAUAUCUGAUGUUCGGACUGGUACCAAAAUCAUCAACUAUUUUCUUUGUGGCUCAUGAUCAAGCAGUGCAUCACAAUCCUGAUGUCAAGUGUUGCUGAUGCUCGAAAUCUGAAGCUGAAUGUUUUGUUUAAUUUACAGUCUAAACCUACCAGGGAGAACAGGACUGUAAGACAAUGUCAUGGAUGCACAAUUUGACAGUUUGAAUAUACUGUCCUUUGUAAUUGAUACUUUAAUUAUAGAAGACUCAUUGACAAUGUGUCUUGUUUAUGUAGGAACUAAAGGUUUUGUGCCGUCUUCUGUAACGAUGUAGACUUUACUGAAGAACAAUACAGCAAUUAUGUUUUCAAAAGGGUGCAGUUAGAACCAGUUUCAACUCUGGAUUACUUACAUUUGUGUAGUGUAUGGGAAUUUGCACAGAUGAUUUUGGUGGCAAUCCUGUCAUUUACAACAUCCAGCAUUUACAUAUACAUUUGGUGAAGUGGUCUGUUUGGCAAGCUUCUCAAAAGUCCACGUGUUUGUUUAAAAGUACAUCAGACUUUGAAAGAAAGAAUAUUCUAUCCUAAAAACGAUCAUAAAUUUCAUCGCUUUGUAUCAACUCAUCUGAAUGAUUGAGAACUAAGUUUUAUAGACCAUCUCUUGUCACAUAUUACCAGUUUUAAACGUUUCUCUUCACUGGUUAAUUGACACAUUUCCCAAGCUAGGACAUUUAAAUACGUAUUCCCUCUGUUUUGUUACAUGAAUCUGUCAAAACUAUAUUUUUAAUUCAAUAUGAAUAAAGAUCAGUCAA